AUGAUCCUUGAACGAUACUUUGAACAUGUCGUUAGCCGCCUUAACAACGAGCUUGCUGUUUUUUCGUUCAUUAACCUAUGCCGAAUGGUUGCUAACGGAGCAAUUUCGAGCGUGGCGCAAUUGAUGAAUGCUCAGAUGGUUACAUUUGCAAUCCAGGAUCCCUCACCGUCAACAUACUGGAAUGUGUCGAUCCAGUUGGUUUGUUUGGCAAGGGAUCAAAGCAAUGCAAGUGCUCGACGGUAUCAAAUUGGAACUGUUUAUGAUGGAAAUACAAUUAAUGUUUUGGUACUGGUAAGAAUAUCAUCACCUUAUCUCGCACUGUCACAGGAUAAUGUCCACUUUGGCCUGCCAUUCGGCAAUGUCUUGACAAGUAAGAUCUUCAGAAUUCCUGUUAACGGCAUUAUCGGCAAAAAAUACGAUUUUCAUAGGGUAUCGUCAGCGAAUGUUGCUGGAAUGCCGGCUUCAGUUGGCUACAUGCCGGGAUCAGUUGGAGGUCCAGUUUCUGUUGGUCCAGUGGGCUCAGUAGGAAUUGGACACAACCCAGGCUCCAUUGCCAAUCCUGGAUCGAACACUUGA